AUGCCUGGGCACCCCCGAAAAAAGCAAAUCGACUGGUGUACAAAGACUUUGUGUGAGAUUUUCCGGGAAUUUGCUCGGGACAAGACCAAGGUUGAUCUCGCUCUAUGGGUGGAUAUGUAUGCCUUCGAUGUCCUCGGUGAGCUAUUUUACGGCAAAAGUUUUGGUUUCAUGAGAGAGCGUACAGACAUCGGCAACUACAUGAAGGCCAUCGAAUCGCUCCUUCCUGCCUUCCCCAUUGGCGGCACAAUGCCCUCCUACCUCACCAAGCUCUAUUUCAUCGCCACAGCCAUCAUCUCCCCGUCCUUUCGCGGAGCUUUGGGCGCGGUGAACCACCUUGCAAGUGCCUCCUCAGAUGCUGUGGAACAGCGAUUCGAGGACGUCUUAGAGAAAAGGGAUGACCGACGCGAUAUGUUGCGAAAAGAUGAUCGAUAUCACUUUGCUGGCGCGGAUACAACUGCCGCUGCGGUGAGCAGCAUCCUGUACCAUCUCAUGCGCAGCCCGACCCACUACGAGAAACUCGCUGCCGAGAUUGACACAGCUAUAUCAGAGGGACGAUUAUCAUUGCCUGUUGUUUAUAGCGAGGCUAUCAAGCUGCCUUAUCUAAAGGCCUGCGUCAAUGAGGGGAUGCGUAUCCACCCCAGCGUCGGGCUCACGAUGCCCCGGGUCGUCCCUUCGGGCGGCUCCGCCAUCUCCGGUGUUUACAUCCCGGAGGGCUACCGUGUCGGGGUCAAUGCAGCCGUUGUGCAGUAUGAUCGGGAUGUUUUUGGUGCAGACGCCGACCACUUCAACCCUGACCGGUGGUUGGAAGGGGACGCGGUGCAGAUGGAGAAAGUGUUAAUUCCAUUUGGUGCCGGGUCGGGCACUUGCAUCGGGAAGAAUAUCUCAUUGAGUGAGAUUUAUGAACUGAUCCCGCAGCUUUUAAGAGAUUUUCAACUUCGCCUGGUAGACCCUGGGAAGGAGUGGGCAACGCACAUCUAUUGGUUCAACAAGGCGACCGACGUGCAUGUAUAUGUCGCGGAACGGGACCAUAUCGGAGAUGUAUAUCUGAGGGGUGGUUUGCCGACCGUCGUCCCAGUCCAACCGCGCGGCAACAGCGGCUCCGAUCCACCACUGAGGCACAAUGCGGGCCAGCAGACCCGUUCAAAUCUCACCGACACAUCAGUGUGCGGGGACGCCUCGUGUGUCAUGAAGCUGAUCUCAGGGGGCUUCAUAGCUGCGAAAGAUGUGCGCACUGGCAAGCCUGAACUCGAGCUGAUCGGAUGUUGGGGUAGUGCAUACGGGCAGAUCUACAUGGAUAUACGUGGAAGAUGGUCAGGGUGA